AUGGGUUUCAGCUCGUCCGCAUCGCGCUUGUGCGACGUCAGCGACGGUAGAGGUGUUCCGACGAUGCACAGCUGCGAAGAGGUGAGCGUCGAGAGCGUGUCCGGAGAGAUGGAGCGGAUGCGCCGACGCAGUCGAUCCGUCGCCAUCGCUGCGAAUACCUUCGGCUAUGAUGUGUGCAUCGUGGUGGGUAAAAGGCCGAUGAUGUGGCCACAAGCACAUGGCGUACUGCAACGCAACGUCUGCCCCAGAGUCAAAUUCUUCGCGUUGGAACAUUCGGGAACGAUGACCAUGUGCAGAGGUCUGUCGAAGCUCAAUCUCACACUCAUAGCGAUUUCGCAGGCAGGACAGGACGUGUUCCGAAUCAAGAGCUUGGAAAGACGGAUUUACAAUUGA